AUGCCUCGAUAUAAAAACCCUAUCCUCUCCCCCUCUUUCCGCCAGCUCUUCGCACCAAAUCACCACAACGUCACAUCCCACGGGCCCUACGACGGCCCCUCCCCCACCACCACGGGCGCCAUCUCCACCAGCGUCCUGAACUCGAGCGUCCCGGCCCUACCCCCAGCCCCAGACGCCUACGAGUACCCGGCCGACGGGGCGCUCCACGGCAACCAACCCGCCCCCUUCACCCCCAGCGGCGGAAUCGGCACCAACGGUUCCGCACCCGUGUACCGCGUACAGAGCGACUUCGACUACCAAUCCCUCGCGCUCGGCCUGUACCAAGAGUUCAUCGAAUUAGACCUCUUCCACUGGGGCCUCACGCGCUUCUCAAACGACGAGUUCGACGCCGCGGGCGUCACAGCCGAGGACCGCUUCCUCAUGCAGCACAUGGCGGACCAAGAAAUCGGCCACGCCACGCUCCUCAGCAACAUGCUAGGCCCGCAGGCGCCCCGCCAGUGCACGUACGACUACCCCGUGUCCAGCGCCGGCGUGUACGGCUUCCUGCCGCACCUCAACUCGGGUCCCGCCGCGCAGCUACUGCUGCAGAGCAUCACGGUGGAGGCGCGCCAGCAGAUGGCGUUUCGGCAGAUGGGCGGGCAGUUCCCCAUGCCCGAGUGGCACACGGUCGGGAUCCCCCAGAGCUGGGCGUGGACCUUGCUGGCCCCCUACGUCGCGAGCUGCCCCGCGAACCAGACGCGCUUGAUCUGGCAGAAUUUCCCCGCGCUGCGCGUGCUCAACCAGCCGAACCCGGCGCGCGUGAAUGGUGAGGAGGCGUGGAACGAGACGACGGGCGGGUACGCCAACACGUUGUCGACAAAGGGGAUCCCCGAGGAGGAGCUGUGCGUCAACUCGGACGAGGUGGGCGAGAACUGCCGCGCCGCCGUGGCGCGGAACCGCAGUAUUCCCUUGUCGUUUCCGGGCCGUCGGGUGUUUCUCCAGUGGGACGAGCCGGGCAAGCCGGUGGGGCCCAAUAACAGCUACGUGACGUCGACCGAGGUGAAGCAGCCCAGGUUCGCGGCGUGGGUCUCCCAGCUCAACGUGACCUACACCGAGCUGCGCAACGUGAGCGCCGAGAACCGCUCGGGAUACACGCUGCAGCCGGGGGCGUAUACGUGGCAGGGCAACCGGGCGGUCAACGGCACCAUGUUCCUCGCGCUGACGGACCAGGAUCUCUACGUGACGCCGUAUAACUUGACGCAGCUGAACCCGCACGUCGCCGCGCUGGCGGUGUAUCAGGCAGGCUAG